ACCCUCUGUUCAUUCUUCCUUCCUGUGAUAUUCUGCGCUGUUUCCUCAUUCUGUGAAUCAGGAACAAAACAGCUUUGUAAUCUAAGUUCAAUGAUCAUGGAUAUGCUAUCUGUCUUCAUGGUGAUGACUCUCGUAGGAAAAUGUCAAGGGAACACUUAUCUAAAUUAUCAAGAGAAAGAGGAAGCUAUAUCCCUACAAUGUGAAGAGAGAAUUUGGCAACUUGAUCUAGAUGAAGACAACAUAGUGGAUUGCACUUUUAAUUGCAGUCUUCAUGACAAUGAGAAGAAAUGUGGCCAAGAUCCGAAGUGCAAUAAUACAGCAUUUACAUUGAAAAAAACCCUGCAAAAACAGUAUCAAACAAUGUUUAAAUAUGAAAUUGGAGAAACACGUCACUGGAUUCUUUGCAUGUUUUCAUACCUUUCCAUCAAAUGACCAACACUUAUUCCCCUUUAAACCUUCAAAAGAUCAGGUGGAAUCAUUUAUUGUGGCAUUUGUUGAACCAAAGAUGGUGAUAUGCUACCCUGGUGUGGAAACUAAAACAUCUGUUACCAAACAGCAUGGAGAAUCAGUCAACCUUGCAUGUAAUUUCACAGUAGCCAAAGGUUACUCUAGCUUUCCAUUUUCAGUGUAUUGGAUCAAAACCAUCAGUGGCAACAGUAGCACAUGUCUUUAUUCUAAUUCUUAUGAUAGUGAUGCACAAUUAUAUGACCACCAUUGUCUCAUUGAUGAGGCCCUGCUGAAACGAAGGUCAAACACUUCAUCUAAACCCCUAACAAGCCCUAUCUUUCAUAACCUUAAGAUCAGCAAUGCCACAUAUUCAGACAGCGGACAGUAUGUUUGUGCCUUACAGGUGCUUAAGAAUAGAAAAGGGCACUGGAAGGUAAUAACUAAUGUCACAGUCACUGUGAAUGGAGAAUUCAACAACCACCCCAACAGGAAUGACACAGCCCUGUUAUAUACUCCUGGGGAUCCUUACAUACCACUGUAUGUAGCGGGAGCCUUGUUCUUCUCCUGCCUGUUUGUUACUGCCAUUGUCAUUGUCAUGAUGAAAAAUACCAAGAUUUCGCAAGCAGAAUCUCACACUCUGAGAAUGAAAAGAGAACAAGAUGGAGAGGAGACAAUUAACUCAGACUGCUCCCCAUAUGCUGAGGGCAGAGGAGAGGAUGAGGGGCUCUUCUCACUUCUGAAGCUGACUGAAGUGAGAGAUCCUGUGACUGCACAGAAUGGAGCUGAAGAACAUGCUGCUGUUGCUGUCGAGCCCAAUUCUGUAGUCAUGCUCAAUACUGAGUAUGAGGCCUUUGACCUCCAGGCCACUCAGACAUCAUCAACCUACCCCCUCAGGAUUGGAGCGAAAGUAUGAGUUACUAGCAGCCAAUAGUUACUCAUAUGAUGUAGAAAAGUGAGCUAAAGAUAAUGUUUUCAUGAUUGGUCUUUCAUAUUCGAUUUAGACCAGGAUUGGCGCGGGGCAGCCAGGGGUUUGUUUGGCCGGUGGGAGGGGUUGAGUGUUGGUUAAAAAAACAUUUCUGAUUCUUAUUGAUUGUACAGGUUGUGACUCAAUAAAAAACUUAGCCCACAAAAAUGAAGUUACAUUAAAGAGAGAACGAGGAUUUACUUUAUUUUUGAAUUGAAUGUUUUUGUGUUCAUUCAAGCUCUACUGAACAUUUCCACUAGAUGGUGCUAGUGCUCAGUCCUACAUUUGUGCUUACUGUUUCUCGGAUAUUGUGUCAUGUGUGAUUACCUAAUUAUUGUGUAACAUUGAAUAAACAUUGCAGAAAUAAAAUGUACAUUUUUUUUG